GAAAUUGUAUGGAAUAUUUGAAAUACUAAAUAAAGUUCAACAAUAAACAUGCACACUUAAGUACAUUUCAUCAAUGUUGGAAAGGUAAAAGGAGUUUUACUUGACUAUUUAAAAACAAAGUGAAAUUUAAAAGUGAGAAAGAAGGGUGACUUCUUUCCUAGAAAUUCAACUGAAAAGACAUAGGCAAAAUAAGUUGCAAGCUUUAAACUUACUUUUUGGGUAAAAGACAGUGGCACUUACAUUUGCAACACUACAAAGGGAAGAGCUUAUCUGCUACAAACUACAUGGAGGUAUAAACGAAUUUACUGUGUAACAAAAACAUCUGUAAGAGCUCUACGCCUAGCAGCAAACAUUUCAUAUUUACACAACAUCAUUAGAUUUAAAAUUAAAUCUACAAAACUUUAACAGCACAACUUCCUCCUCUAAGUAACCCAAGAUGUUUCCAUUUGGCAUCCAUGCAAGCCUUUGAUUUUUCCAAGUCAUCCCAGAGGACAGAACAGAAAACUAAACCAAGACUAUUUGGAUUGCACAACAGAAGCUAAAAACUUUACACUAACUGCAUCUUAGAACCUACAGAGUCAUAGCACUUAUUAAAGUGUUAUGGCAGUAGCUCAGGUAAUUCUUGCCUAUUUUGACAGAGAUAAAUCGGUCACUGCAAGAAGGUCCUGCAAGAAAACCAGAACAGUUUUCUUACAAUCUACUGAGCAAGGGGAAUGCAGCCUCUGUGCUGUCAUUGGCAGUACUCUCAGAGUCAAUUUUCUCCAUAUAAAGUUACACAAUAUGUUUUGUCAUUUCCAAGCCAUCUAGAUGACAAAAAGUUCAAGGCUUUCUCAUGUCUACUGUCCUUUUUUCCUGCCAACAAUUUUAAGGUUAGCAUCUACAAGUUCACUUCAACCUCGCUACAAGUCAAAAUUAUUUUAUACUCCAAAGGAAUAAAAAUAUAUGGUUUGGGGAUUUAGUACCUCAUUUCCAUUCAAUAUCCAAUUUUUUUUUUAAAACACAGGUUUAUCACACACUUGUAGCUGUUUUCCAGUGCUUAGUAGAACUUAAAAGGAUUCCCAGGGGAAAAUAAAGGGUUGAUUUGCCAACACAGAAAUCAUUCAGUAUCCCAUCAGAUAUAUUCAAAAUCAGACUACAAUAAAUUCAACCACACAACUCAUAAAGAAAAGGCCCUUAUACAUUCACAAUUUACAUUCUGAAAAUAUUGAAAUAACUUUCUGUCUAUAUCAAUCAACCCUGAAAACUUCCUUGGGCUUCCAUAUUGAAAGUUCCUACCUGGCACUGAGAUAUAACUGAAACUGAAAACCCCAUGCUAACAAAUGCUAACAUUUUCAUAAGCUGUAUUGUUUCAUGGCUCACACAUUGAAAAACAGGUUAGAAUCCUAGUGUUUAGGUUUUUCUUUCAGCUCAGAUUAAGAAAACAUUAACAGUGUUUCCAACACCACUAUAAUGAAUUAAAAUGCAAAGGAGAAAAGUUGCAAAACCAUUUUAUAAAUCUUAAUUUGAAUGGCAGAGAUGUUUUGAAAUCAAUUCUCGUUCUGGUACUUCCCCAGACCACCACCAAACAAACCUCAAAGGCAAUCAACCUGUGUACACUUCAUCACGUAGAGAAAUGUGUCAUAUCAAACAAAUCAUAUUUUUAACGAAAUUAUUAUUUCCCAGUUAGCCAAUUCAAAUAAGUACCAAUGUAAGCCAGAAAAGGAAAGCCCACGAAAAAAUCCUGGAAAACUGGAAAAAACUGAUGAGCAGAAGGCUAGGGUACUCAACAACAGGACUGGGGUUUUUUUGCUUCAGUCUUCAAUGGGAACCUCUUUUCCCACACCACUCAAGGGGAUGGACAGCAGGAGGGAACAAAGUUCCUCCCACUUUAAGUAAAGGUCAGGGUCAUGACACUUGAGGAACCUGAAUAUAAACAAAUCUCUGGGACCCAAUGAGCUGCCUUCCAGAGUCCUGAGAGGAACUGAUGGAUUUAGUUGCCAAGCCACUUUCCAUAUUUGAGAAGUCAUGGCAGUCAGGUGAAGUCCCAGCUGACAGGAAAAAGGGUAAAAAGGAGGACACUGAGAGCUGUCAGCCUCACCUCUGUGCCUGGGAAGUUCAUGGGACACAUCCUCCAAGAAGCUGUACUAAGACACAUGCAGGACAGAGAAGGAGUCAGAACAGCCACCAUGGCUUCAGUGAGGCCAAGCCCUGCCUGACCAAACUAGUGACCUCCCACAAUGGAGUGACUCAUCAGUGGACAAGGAAAGGGUUACAGAUGCCAUUUAUCUGGAGUUCUGCUGAAGAAACCCAGUCUCCUUGGAGGUCACACAGUUCUGCCCAGCAUCCUGCCUGUCAUCUGCUGGACUCACCCCAGAAGCCCAGUGUCUGUCCUACACUGCAGCUCCUGAACACAGCACUCCAGACGUGGUCUCAAGUACCAGAGAGAGGAGAAGAAUCACUUUCCUCGAGCUGCUGGCUCAGUGCUUGCACAGACAGCCUGACGUGCAGCGAGGGAUAUUCAGAAAACUUGAACACACUUUCCACAGCUAUUAUGAAGGACUAUUUUUUUCUCUCUUUCUUAAAAUAAUUUGUCUUUUGUUGUGUCUCAUUAAUACAGAAACUGGAUUAUCAGG